AUGGGGGCAUUUGCCUGGGAUUUUGUUCUUUUGGAGGGAGUGGUGGCAGAGGUGGCGGUGAUUGAUAUCGCUCGGCCGGGUGAGGCUGCGGCAACUGCCGCGGCUCAACAGUCGAUCGUGGUUUCGGGGGGCGCUGUGGAGGUAUCUGACCGGCAGGGUGAGAAUGCGACAUUUGAGGCGAAGCUGUCGAUGACCCGACGCCUGGUGGUAAAGGUGGCAACGGUGGCGGAACUGGAUUUUGUUGCAGCUGGGGUUGGGGUGGCAUUUGUUGUCUAUACCGAACUGGUGGCUCUUUGGCAAACACUUCUCGAAGAAUUGUGA